AUGCACCUGGUGGAGGAGAAGCCCAGCGAGGACCUGACCCCCCAGAUCCGCUGCAGUGACAACUGCAACCCCGACAAGCUGGACUCUGACCAGAGCUGCCUGCGCCGGAUCCACGAGGCCCUGUGGCAUUACCGCGCCCUGCUGGGCUCUGACGUCUUUGCCGACCUGAGGGGCCCAGCUGACAGCCCCAUGGCCGCGCUGCAGGGCGCCCUGGCCCAGCUGACCAGCCUCAUCCAGAAUGGCAGCUUCGCCGAGGGCUCAGGAGCCCCACCGCCGCAGAGCGAGCCCUGGGAACGGCCCCUGAUCCAGCACCGGAUCCUCUGCCAGCUCCGCUCUUUCUCGGCCGUGAUGGCGCGGGUCUUUGCCCACAGCGCGGCCACCCGCUAAGCUGAGGG